UGUCGCAUCUCCUCUCAAACUUGUUCUACUUCUACAUAAACAACCGUGAUUGGUCUCCCGAAAUUCGCCUCGGAAUCGUGUUAAAAAAGUGAAAAUCCCUUCGAAAUCUAAAUAAAUUACUAAAAUUAACGGUAGACCACAUUGUGUGAGUGUUAGUUAGUGUGAAUUGCUGUGUUUUAUAGUGGAAAAUUAAACCCAGACUUCCCGACGCCAAAAGGGUUGAUAAUUUCGCCUAGUGCGGUUGCUGCUGGAUUGGAUGGAGUUGUGAGAAUCACCGAUAAACGGAACUCUCGAAUCGCACUAAUACCAUUAGCCAAAUAGAGUCGAGGAAUAUGUUCGAUCCGGUGCUGUGUUUGUAGGAGGAUGUUUGUGACGUCAUAGUUGGCUGGCAUCCUGCUCACACCGCCUGACACAACCGGGCACCGUCGUUCAGAAAAUCAGUUUACUCAUUCGAUUCGUCAGUUGUGGACUAGUGUACGUGCCUGCUGCAACCAAUGAAGGAAGAAACCAGAAGCGAGAAGAAAGAGUGAAAUUUUUGUCACUUUAGCAGACGCUACCGAAACGAAUUCUGGCUCUCCAUUCAGUGUUUAGUGUAGAAUCAAAGUGUGAAGGGUAGUGGCAAUUUACGUGUUUGGUGAUAUCGAGAGGACUUGGCUUAACAGUCGUUGAAGCGGUACAUAGUGAUUGCGUUGGUCGGCCAAGAUCACUGACACGGGAAUCAACCCACGAAAAGCGUUCUAUAGGAGGCCAUUUCUCGCAAUCUUCUAACAGCAGACCAACACACACGUUCACUCGGGCGCAAGUCCAGCAGUAGCAACAACCCUCGCUGAAAUUCCCAGGAAGAACAAAUUUUUUCUUCAACAUGGACACUGACGAUGUGGAAUCCUCGAGCAGCAGUACGAUGUCCAGCCUGAACAGCUUAUUCUCGUUCACCAGUCCGGCGGUAAAGAAACUGUUGGGUUGGAAGCAGGGCGACGAGGAGGAGAAAUGGGCCGAGAAAGCCGUUGACAGUUUAGUCAAGAAGUUGAAGAAACGGAAAGGUGCCAUCGAGGAGCUGGAACGAGCUCUGUCCUGUCCCGGUCAACCAUCCAAGUGUGUCACGAUUCCGAGAUCGUUAGACGGGCGGUUACAGGUGUCCCACCGCAAAGGGCUUCCACAUGUCAUCUACUGCCGGGUGUGGCGUUGGCCCGACCUCCAGAGUCACCACGAGCUCAAACCGAUCGAAACGUGUCAGUAUCCGUUCAGCGCCAAGCAGAAAGAGGUUUGCAUCAAUCCGUACCACUAUAAGCGUGUCGAAAGUCCGGUUCUGCCUCCGGUACUGGUUCCACGUCACUCAGAAUUCGCUCCCGGCCACUCGUUGCUGCCAUUCCAUCAGAUGAACGAGCCGAACAUGCCUCACAACGUGAGCUACACCAAUGCGGGCUUCAACAAUACGCACAUUGGCGGUGGAGGACCCAACUCACCGAUUUCCUCCCACAUGGGGCCGAACAGUCCGAUCUCGUCGGUGUCUAGCCCGGGACCGAUCAACUCAAAUCCUCAGAGCCCGUACGGGUCGCUACCGGAGACGCCGCCACCAGCGUAUAGCCCACCGGAGGAUGGUAACAAUGUUACCGGUACGGAUAAUAAUCAGAUGGACACGAACCAAAUGCACGGCGAAGUGGCACCGGUCAGCUAUCAGGAACCACCAUACUGGGCUAGUAUAGCAUACUACGAGCUCAACUGCCGUGUUGGCGAAGUUUUUCACUGCAAUGCGACCUCCAUCAUCGUAGACGGUUUUACUAACCCGUCCAACAAUUCGGAUCGAUUCUGUUUGGGUCAACUGAGCAACGUGAACCGGAACAGCACAAUAGAGAACACACGUCGUCAUAUCGGGAAGGGAGUCCACCUCUACUACGUUGGAGGUGAGGUUUACGCCGAAUGCCUCUCGGAUUCGGCCAUCUUUGUGCAGAGUCGCAACUGCAAUCACCACCAUGGAUUCCACCCGAGCACGGUAUGCAAAAUUCCGCCCGGCUGUUCGUUGAAAAUCUUCAACAAUCAAGAAUUUGCUCAGCUCCUAUCGCACUCGGUGAACCAUGGUUUCGAGGCCGUGUACGAGCUGACAAAAAUGUGCACGAUACGAAUGAGCUUCGUGAAGGGUUGGGGGGCCGAGUAUCAUCGGCAAGAUGUGACCUCGACACCCUGUUGGAUCGAGAUCCAUCUCCACGGACCGCUGCAGUGGCUAGACAAGGUCCUCAUCCAGAUGGGCUCGCCUCAUAACGCUAUCAGCUCGGUGUCGUAAGGAGGGAAGGAAAUUUGUGGAAGUAACCGCACGCGUGUGAAAGUCUAGAAUCAAAAAACGACCUAUUUUAGUGAUUGCAUGAGGGAUACGAUUCUCAGCGUCGUGUCAUGGAUGAUAGGUAACUGAAAGGACAGUAUGUACGAGAAGAAAUGCUUGGAUGUGUUACAUAGAAAAGUUUCAUUCUUAUAUUUUAGCAACUAAUGUAAAGCAAGAAAAAAUAGUAGAUUUAUUUUAAAGUUAUUGAUUUGAUACAACACAAUAUUUAGAUUGCGGAUGGGGCGAUUCGCUUGCAGUAGCAACAGGACAGUGUCCUGAUUAUAUAGAUAAAAUCUACUGUUUAGUGCAAAGUGCUAAAGCCUGCCUAGCAUGCAAUUGAAUUUCUUCCGGAACUUUAUUAAGUAUUUUAUUAGUGCAAUUUCCGAACAGUAAAUCGUAUACCAUUAUUUUCCUGUUGUCUUUGAUAUGACGUUUUCGAUGUAAUCAAAAUUUGUUUAUAUAUAUUUUCAGAAAUAAGUUUCUUUUAAAAAGAACUUUUUUUUUCAUCAGCUAUAGUUUUUCUUUCAGAUUCUAACAUAAUUUUAAAGUGUCCUAAUUAAGAUUUCUUCUACACUGGAAACAACUUAAUUCAUUAAGUGAAUCGCUGAUCACUAUUUUAAUUGAUUGAAUAUGUGAUUACUAUUGGUCUUGUUAUUAGGUGCUUAAUGAAAUGGUUCAACAAUAAAUUCCCUUGCUGGCAAACAAGCACUUCUUCACAGAAACCUGCAACGAGUGCGGUUUACUACACGACUCGUGCUGUUCCUAUUAACGAUGUGGGAAUGUAUUCUUACUUACCUUUCCAAGCAGUAUAAGGGCAUGAUGACCUUUGCUGUAUCAAGAAGUCGUCUCCAGUUCAUUCGGUUCAUGGUUGCUUAUAGCCAGCCACGUUGGACAUCAAGCUUCCUCAGGUGCCCUUUAAUUUAUUUGAUCCCACUUACUUGUUGUGCACUUUUCCUAGUCCAUUUCAUCGGAUUAUCGUUCGGCAUUCUGACGACAUGCCCAGGCAUCCAGCCGUCCAAUUUUCGCCAUGCGAACGAUAGGUGGUUCUCCAAGCAACUGUUGUGGUUCAUACACUAUCUACAUAUUCUGCCUUCCAUCUGCACGCUACUGUAUAUCGUUCAAACAUCUAUAGGACAACCGGUCUAAUGAGCGGCUUGUAGAUGGUUAACUUCGUGCAAUAGCGUACUUUGUUCGACCGAAUGAUUGUUCGAAACCCAAAGUAACCAGACGAAUGAGUCUGCUUACUUUGAGUGAUAAAAUGCUGUACCCAACAAACAACGAAAGCUGAACAAGCUUUUAACCAGUGAGAAUAAGCUGAAAAAGAACUGUUUAAGCCAUUAUCCAGCCAAAAUGUUUGUUGGGUAGUUCUCGGGCCAACAAGUUGCUAGCAUAUCAAAUACCAACGUUGAUACCCUUACAGCUGAACGUAAGCAGUAUAUAGUACGGAGCUCGUUCCGGUUUCGGUCAGUUUCAUGAUGAGAGCAGAGCAGAUGAAAUGUGUUGGUUCUAUAAAAAAAUAUGGAAGACGAACACAAAAAUGUCGCGAAUCAUGUAGUUUAGCAACGCCAAAAACUAAAGCCAUGUCCAUCUGAAACAGCGGGGAUGAGCACCAAACUAAAAUCCCGUAUCCAGUUAUCAAUCAGACGAGUAAUAUGAGAUUUUUUAUCGAUACCGGCUCGGCUGUCUCCAUCUCACCAUCCACAAAUCGCAACCGAAUUAAUGUUGUAGUACCACAAAACUGUUUAUUUUUUUUUUAACAGAAUUCAAGUGACCAAGCAAUUAAAAAGAAAAGAGUGAUAAAGUGAUAGAGGAUGAUGAAGAGAUAGAAGAAUUGAUCAGUGCUGUUUUAUUGAGGGAUUUUAUUUUUGACAAGAAAAACAAAUAUCAUAUGAAAUCUGUGUUGAAGCAGUAUUGAUUUGAAUUGCAAGCUAUAGUUAGCGUCACAUACAGCAAACCAAAUCAAUGAAAAAUAUUUCUUGUAUUUAUAUAACUAGGAUCCACGAUGUGGUCAAUUUUCACAUUUUACGUGUUAACCAUUCGUAAACCCGAGACCAAGUGGUAUUUGAUAUAUUUCGAAACAUUCGAUGCCGAUUUUAUUUUACAUUUAAACGGUAGGGUCCGCUAAAUAUGUCGAUGAUAAGAUCUCCCAAAUCGCUUGCAUUGUGUCACAAAUAACUUCACACCCUGUAAAAAAGUCAACUAGAAAUUAGAAAGCUAUUGACGCUUGCGCGUCGCCAGUAGCGAAGCGAGAUACCUCAGUGCCAUUGCCAAAUGAAUUAUUGGACGUAAAGCCCUCACAUUUUUCUUGGUAAGUUUUGGAAGGAUGAGGUUCAAUAGCUUCUUAUAAUAUUCGCUCAUUCUAAAGGAUUUAAAAAACAAUUCCGGAUGCCAUUUGAGGUUCUUCAUGAAGUAUAAGCACCGUGUCUAUUUAGAAGUCGCCAGGUAUCUUGUAUCCAGAAACGUUUUUUUGUAUGCUUCCUUUAAUUUAAAUUCAAUUAGUGAAAUUUACUUCAGUACGCGAUCCAACAAACAUUUUUUUGAGUUGCAUCUUUGUUUUAUUUGUAAAAGCAUGAAGAUGCAACGUCUCCACAUAAAAGCAAAAAUGAUAAUAUUUAAUACAACGCCCCAAAUGCUAAUUCCGUAUGAUAGCGACAUAAAAUAGUAGAGGUGUCAAGAUUAGUUAUUGUUUAUUUGUUAUUUUGUGUUUUAUGGGAAAAAAAUACAAAUACUUUUGCACAUGUCAUAUUCAGUUUUUGACCCGAUUGCACAUGAAUGUAGUGUUUUACGAGUGCAAUGCUACUGACAAAAGAAAAACGCUGGUUGAGAAAGGCGAACACCAUCCAUCUUGGUUCGCUUAAAUUAAUUUUUUCGCUGCAAUGAAUAGCGGGGAGUAACUAUCGUAUAACGUGAUGCAAUCAAGCAUGCUAUAAAAAGCUGAGACAUAUAAUUAACCCCAGGAGCACUUUUUAAAAUGCUGGAGGCAUGAAAUGAAAGUUUAUGAAAAUCCAGCCUUACUGACAGCAAUUAAGGAGGGACCGCAACACGACAUUACCCAUCAUAUCCAGAUAAGACAGCCACCCAACGCCACGAAAUUCUGUCAACUAACGUCGAAAAAGUUCGUAGCCGCUAAGGAAAAGUUUCAGUUGAUGAUCGAUUUGGGGGAUCUGUCAUCACUCGCAGUGCCUGGGCGGGCCAGCCUGCUACAAUCUGUUGGCGGACACUAUUUCUGAGACGAAUAGGGCUCGAAAGCAACACCUCCGGAUGCUGAGAGUGUCGAGCUGUAUCAACUGAAUAAUUUUUAUAGCUCGGCACCUGAAAUUUGUUUUGCCAUGGGAGAUAUUGAAGUGCAAAGCGUAUGAACCGAUUCUGUCAACUGCGUUCUGGUUGUAUGGAUCCCAAACAACAGAAAAAUGUUUUUGUGUUGAGUCCCUGAAGGUUUUCAUUAUUCGGAAUAUGAACAUUAGCUGUGUUGAUGUCUUAUUCACGAUGUAUGAAGUAUGUGGUUUGAAUGUUACUGCCGAAUCCAUGAUCUUGAACGUGACUGUGUCUGGAAAUGCUCGAGCCAAACUAAUGGUAGUUGAACUAGAUCGGAUGGAGUUUCCUCGGGAACGUAACAUUUGCUCUGGUUUAGAACCAGUCUGUUUAGAUUCCACCACGUACUAAAGCUGUUCAGUUCACUCUGAAAAAAAUCGAUUGUAUCCCGAAUUCGUCGAAAAGUAUUCAUAUCGUCGGCGAAAGCAAGGAAGGCGAGGUCCUUGUAAUUUGUUAUCGACGUCAUUAAAGUAGAGGAGGGAUAUUACUGGCCCGAGAUGGCUUCUUUACGAGAUGCUGGAUGUAACUAGGAAUGGAGCAGAUAGACGGUCUUUAAUGCCAUUUUGGAGUUGUCCAUGAAUGAUUUUGUGGAAGGCCGGAGAUGGAUCCAUUUUAGAAGCAUCGGUUUAUAAUCCGUCAGCGAAUCCAUCGAGUACAUAUGUUGUGAACGAGAGCAUAUUGGUCAUUAUCGAUCGUUUAGACAUAAAACCAUGUUGGUCGUCUGCGAUGCAUUGUUUGUUCAUAUGUUUCAAGGCUCAGAAUAGGGCUAAUAUUGGCCAAAAAUUUGAAGAGUUAUUCCAAUGGGGACAGCUUGAUACCUAAACGCGUGAAUAUAUUGCCUUCUAUAAAUGCGAGGAUUUCAAAAUAUUGGUUUGUUUUCUACAGAUUUAUUGUCUUUCAAAUUUUGGGUGAUCUAUUACUGUGUGUAUAUGAGUAAAAGCGAAUGACUUUUUCGUGUCAAAUAUAACCAGCUCGAACCAUUUCAUUAAGCACCUAAAACAAGAAAAUAGUCUCGGUACCAGCAACCAUAAAUACAAAACAACUCAGAAAUGCUUACCUAUAAAGUGUGUCUACACUAGAACAAUAAAAAUAAACAGUGUCCUUAACAGCACCAGUUAAAGUUUUAUGAAAAUUCUGCACCGCAUACAAUGUCCCCAAAAGAUGCCACAUGCCGUUGAGAGGCUUACUAGCACGAGGUUGCCUUGCCGUAGCUUAUUCCUUGCAGUUAUUUACACAAUCACAUUCGUAGUAUUAGAAAAAACUAAAACGCCCACAAUUUACAUGCUCGUAGUGUAACGAUGCUCGAUCUCACCUUAGACAAACGCGAUUAAAGGCAGCACUCUCUGCGCUAGGGAGAUAGCUUGAAAUUAUAUACUCAGCAAACGGUGUGAUUCCUAUUUGCCAAUACGAAUUCUAUCGCAAAAUGCCUUACAAGAGUCUUUGAGCGUAACGGACUUCUAAAAAUGUUUGAAACAGUUAUUAAUGACAAUUCAUAAACAUACACGUGCCUGUAGCAAAAAAACGAGCUGUUGCCAUAACUGUCAGUGAAAUGUUAUUUUUUGCCGGUAACAUGCUGAAUAUGCCUUAUUAUUUUUUGACCAGUUUUUCGAGUCGAGAAACAGUAACUUUCACAGAUGCAGUGCCUGCUAAAAUUUUACGAAGCUUUUUAAAAUUCGCGAUAUGCUUGUUUUCUAUUUUUUACAUCUAAUAGUAAGAACAGAGUGAAUGCUGUGGUCGUGGCAAAACUAUUUCAAAUAUUAUCUAUCUAGUUAAGAACAGCAUGUGUAUGUAUGUCCGACAAAAGAAGAAAUAGUUAAAAGAAACAAAAAACUCUAUUUUGCUCAGUUAGUGAUUAACAACAUGGAAACAUAAAAGGUUUUGAUGUCCCACAAAGCGGGCCAUAGUUUCAAGAUAAACUAUUUUUAAAAAAACGUAAAACUUCAACAUUGCCGAGAGAUUCGAUGGAAGAAACUACUCUAAAAUAUCAUGAGAUCUAGAACAAGACAACACAAAACUUAUAUAUUGUAUAUACUACUACUGGUCAAAGCAAUCGAAAUCAUCAUCACUUGGCGGACAGCAGAAGGAAUAACAAAUACCAGUGCUUAUCAUUCGAACAGUAGGUCGAAACUUGAACCCAUGAACAACUAUGUGUAGGGAAGUGAAAAGAAGAAAAAAACAGUUGUAAUGUUACAAUCCAAAAUUCUCAGAUAAUAGAUGUAAAAUAAUUACCUAAACUCGUAGAAUGUGUUUCGGUAGUGCAUACACAAGGAAGGCACCCUGCAUGAUAAUAGAACUAAUAAAAGAGACAUUUUACUUAAGAAUACAUAAAUCGACGACGAAGCGUUCUUGUGAAAAAUAAACUUUAAAGCAAAUCACCCAAUUAAGCAAACUUACUUAAAAGUAUAAAUAAAAAAAUGCGUAACGCAGUUUUUAGUUAGAGAUGUGAAUUGCAUUCUAGUUAAUAAUGAAUGGAUAAUCAUGAUUAAAAAAAAAUAAAAAUCUAGCGAAAGAGCAGUUAUAGGAAAACCAUUUCAAGUGUAUAGGUUAGUUGCUCGUGAAUCGUAGAAGAACAGGCACGGACAAGUGAAUGAAACAUAUUUAAUGAAACAAAAACUAUCUCUACACGUGCAACAGUGAACGAAGAAGAAAACUAAAUAAUACAUAUUUUCGUGGCAUAUUAUUUUCUAACUACAAAACAGAUAAGUAGACAAAACUGAAUAAUAUGAUUACUCAUGCAUACGCGAGAAUAAGAUUCUAAUCGUGUACAUAGAUUAGCGCAGUCGAUGGAGGAGUAAGAAACACAAGACAGCAGAGGUAAUCAAUCGACGAGAAUAUUACUUAAAUGACACAAAAACACAAAUCCAUCUUGAUCUCAUGUCAUUCUAAUAUUGCUUGACUACCUUUUUUUCGUUGUAAGAACCAUACGUCGCAGUCCAGUUUGCUGUAGUGGCCGGGAAGUUUGAGUCGAACCAAAAUGAGUGAAAUGAAAUACAAUGAAGAAAUAUUUCCAUCCCGAAUAUUUAUCCCCAAUUUUCAAUGCGAUCGAUCAAUAUCGAUACUUUGGGAAGUAAAGCAACUGGAACGUCAACAGCUGGCAGAAUUUGAAAAUUGUUAACAAAAGCUAGUGAGCUAUAGCUGAUCUGUGGACGAAGGAGAGUUAUACAUCGUAGCAGCAAAAAUCGUGGAACACUAUAUCAUUUAAAAGUAAUUGAAACUGUAAAUCGUAAGCAAAGUGAAUAAAUGAAAUAAAUAAAAGCGUGAUUGAUAGAUAGUUUA